AUGUGCACAUCCGGUCCAACAACGUUCUCCUGUCAGUGUGCAGAUGGCUUCAUCGGAAACACGUGUAAAGACAUCGAUCACUGUGCCUCCUCUCCAUGUAAAAAUAACGGAAUGUGCACAUCCGGUCCAACAACGUUCUCCUGUCAGUGUGCAGAUGGCUUCAUCGGAAACACGUGUAAAGACAUCGAUCACUGUGCCUCCUCUCCAUGUAAAAAUAACGGAAUGUGCACAUCCGGUCCAACAACGUUCUCCUGUCAGUGUGCAGAUGGCUUUAUCGGCGACACGUGUAGAAGAUGCCCAUCAAGCUGGAUAGAGUACCAGGGUCAUUGCUACUACCUAGAUGAAAAGAGAGUGAAUUGGACAGACGCUAAGCUGGAGUGUAGGAAGAGAGGUUCUCACCUGGUGGAAAUCGAGGACCAAGAAAAGUCAAAAUGGCUUGCUUCCACUUUUCUUGUCAAAAGUACUUGUCCCACAUACCUUUACAAAUGCACAGCUUGGACUGGGGGAAACGAUGUCGAUAUUGAAGGUCAAUAUCGAUGGAGCUACUCCAAUGCAAUCUUCACCUUUCACUUUUGGCAGAGAGGUGAACCGAGUGUAGGUUAUCCAAAGCAAGCAGAGGAAAGGGACUGUAUCGACCUACUUAGAAACGGCAAAUGGAAUGAUAGACGUUGCUCUUACCUUAAUUUAUUUAUUUGUGAAAUGUCCUAUGGACAAUAUAAUUAAUCUCCAAUUCUCCAGGUACACUUUACUAUGAAAUGUUUAAGGACAAAUUGGAAACAAUUGAUAUCCAUGUUUCAAUUGAAACGAACAUUUAGAUGUACUGUUCAACAACACAAGUGAGAAGUGUUGUACAGUGUACAUGAAAUAAAUGUAUUGUUUAAUCUUAACAUGUUCCUUC